GAAGGCGGUCAGGCGGCCCCCCACUUUGUCCAGGCACUCGUCUGGUGAUUGUGAUUUUGAUUAUUAUUAUUAUUAUUAUUAUUAUCGUGAUUAUUUGCUAUGAGCGAAAAGAGUAUUGCUUUAUAUCGCAUUGCUUCGAUAAAGACCAACAAGCUACCUCACCUGUGAUUAUCUCCAGGAACGUACUACAAUUGCGGCUCACCGUCCCGAGUGCGACCACCAUGAGCUUCGUACGGCGCAUGACGCCCACGGAUCUGCUCUCUCUGAAUCUGACAAACCUCGAUCCUUUGACGGAAAAUUAUGAUGUGGGAUUCUAUCUCAACUACUUAAUGCGCUGGCCUUCUCUUUUCAGUGUGGUUCAAGACCAAGGUGCAGGAAUCGUGGGGUAUAUCAUGGGUAAAUUGGAAGAACAGCCGGCCGCAAUGCGACGUUCAGAGCACUACACUCCCUGGCAUGGUCAUAUUACGGUUUUGACUGUUGCCCCCGCAUGGAGAAGACUCGGUCAUGCAAGACGGUUAACUGAGAGCUUAGAGCACGUGUCUGAUAUAAACGAUGCGUGGUUUGUAGACUUAUACGCACGUGCAACAAAUAAAGUCGCGGUGGACAUGUACAAAGGAAUGGGUUAUUCGGUCUUUCGACGUGUGGUCAGUUACUAUCAAGAUGACCCGAGCGGACUGUCUGAGGAAGGCGAGGACGCUUUUGAUAUGCGCAAGCCGUGCAGCCGAGACAAGGAUUUCAUACAUGUGCGAGAGAAUGGAGAAGACUUCCUAGUCAAUCCUGAAGACGUUUAUUAACCCGAUCGCGCUACAAGGUACGGUGAAUGAUGAGACACUUACGUAUAGUCGACUCUAAUCGACACGACCUUGCAUAAGGUAUUAUGGGGAAUCCUUUUCACCCUCAGGUACAAUAAGAAGCAACUUACCAAAUGGUAGUUGAGCACAUGUGGAGUCGGUGUUUAUCGGUUAAAAAUAGAAUGGUUUUCUUUUGGUUUUUGACUGUAUUUAUUCGUGUCGGGGUUGGGGAUUCAGGUCAGACUCCGAAUGAUUCUGACCUCAUUUUAUGCCUUGUAUUUAUAUAGAUCUACUCAGAAGCGGCAGUACAUAUUUACCAAGCGAUAUACACUAUUUUCAAUGCAAUUUUGGCA